ACUUUUGUUUUGUCGGUUGAGGCAUGACCGUUUUAACUGCACAAAAACCAUAGUUUGCCUUCUUCUAGAAUUCAAAUUCAUCUGAAGUUUUGUUUUUCUCUGCUUUGCUUUUAGAAACUGAAACAACUCUUCUGAACAGAGCUCCUUUUCACUCAGAUCUGACUACUCUUUUGGGGGAAAGCUUGAAGAAUGGAUUUGCAUUUGAAGAACUUGUUUGGUAGAUUUCAGGAUCAGUUCGGGUCAGGUCCGGGUCUUGGACCUGGAUCAGGUGUUUGCCUCAUGAAAGUUGAAGGUAUUUCUCCCAACGUGAUCCAUUUCAUUUUCAGAGCUUCAGCUUCUUUAUACAGAAGUGAGCCAUGGAAGAGGCUCAGACCAGGUCACUUGUUCGGUGUCCGGGUGGGAAAAGACUCUGAUUGGUCGGGAAAGAGACAGCCUUUUCAGUGUGUUCAGUUCACAGGAGGGGAUGGUGGUGAUAUAGCAAUCUAUAUGUAUAGAUCUACGAGCUAUGCACUGAAGAUGACUGAUGAUGAUUCAAGGGAAAUGGCUAGAGUUCCUAAUGUUGAGGUUUUACGAGUUACUUAUGAGGUUGAGUCAUUGAUGCUUCCUUGUAACAAGAGAAUGGUCAAGUCUCUGUCUUUAGAAGUCUCUGGAACUGAUCGGUUUCCGGUUAUCGAUGUUGCCCGGUGUAUAACCUCUGGUGAGCUCCAGUUCAGAAACCCGACGCUCGAAGAGCUUAGGCUUGUGUUUGCUGUAAUGAAAGCUCUUUCUUUGGUUCAUCCAUUGCUUCUUCAAGAGGAGAAGCAAGUCAAGGGGCUGCCAAGGAUGAUUAAGUUUUCGCCUUUUAUAGAGACUGUUGAUGUUCAGUGGCCACCAGAGAUGUUUAAAGGUCAUGAUUUCGUUGCUGUCACGGUUUCGCUUCCGCCUGGUCAAUCAUAUGAGCAGGAGUGGAAUAAAACUGUGGUAAUGACACGCGAUGAUGAUGAACUGGAGCUAGCUUCAGGCAUGACCAAAGGUACAGAAGUGGGGUUAAGAAAGUGCACAACGUGUGACAAAGCUGUUCAUAGAGAUGAGUCUGUUUGCUGUAGUCAUUGCCGUGCAACCAUCUACUGUGGUUCAGAAUGUGAGAAACGGCACUGGAGAGAGAUGCAUCGAAGUGUUUGUAAUCUCUAUGAAGCUAUGAUGGGUAGAGAAGAAGAGCUCAAGAUGAACAUCUUCUCUUUCUCGUGCUAUGCUGAAAACCCAUGUGAAUGGCUUGAAUCUUUGGGUGUCCACAAAAAGGGAAUGUGGAGAAGACAAUGCAGUUGCUAUUCUCAGGGUCCUUUUGGGCUCUUACAAGACUCUUCCUCAGAUGCUGAAUCAUGGGGAGGGCUUCAGGACGGUGAUUAUCCACAGGAUCUACCAAUUCAGAAUCUGAAAGAGCGUUCACGGGGUAUGAUCUUCUUGUCAGAUUGGUCAGAUUACUAUGAUGUUAGGUGUUUACCACCAUCAAGCCCUGUUUCUGACAUUCUCUCAUACCCUUUAACCCUUUACCACAUAUUAACAACACUAAGCACCCAUUCCAAGAACCUGUUGCUCAAAGGGAAAGAAGUGACUGUCCAUUACUUAGGUCCAGAACGAGAACUCGACUGGAUCAAAGCAUUUGCAGAGAUCGAUCACUUACUUAAUGGUACAGGAACCGUGCAGAUCAUAAUGGUCGGACCUGAGGUUCCAUCCGACUUAUCUGGUACAAUAGCAACAAACAACAGCAGAGUCAAGGUGAGCUUUGUGAAAGGCUUGUACCAAGAGGAGGUAACAUACCUGACAUCACCAGACAUCGUUGUAGCCUUGAACUGUGACCUGGACAGGUACUCAAGCUGGUCAGGAGCAGUUGAGGCAGUGAACAAUCUGCGCAUCCCUGGUUUCUUCACUGAUAAGACAGAAGAUGCUUGCGGCAAUGCGAAGGCGGUUUUGCGUAAUGCAGGGCUGAAUAUCUCUCACCCGGUUGCUCCUAACCCUUUCCACUCACCUGUGAGGACUUUUGCAGAGUCCAGCAAUCUUCCCUGUUACAAUAACGGCUUCAUCCUUGGGGUGAAUACAUAAAAAAAACUGUAAGUG